AAGGAGCGCAAGCGUCUCGUAGCAGUGGCCAGUACUGAAUCAAUACUGAAUUGAGAAAUGUCGCUAAAAAUAUAGUCGUUAAUAGAUUACAGUAUGUGUCCGGUACAGUUUUUCCAAAUUUAUUUUUAAAUAAAUAACGUAUGUUAUUUAACGAUUUUUGGGUAAAGUAAUUAUAUUUGGUUGUAAAUAAUAAUAAUUUGCAAAAACAAUGAACAUCACGGACGACAGUAGGAUAACUGACAACGCCGGUCAAGAUGAAGAUUACUUGGAGAAUGGUGUGCCAAAGAAAAUGGAAAAAACUGACGUGAAAACCAAAAAACGCAAGAAAUGCUUACGAGACAAGGCUGCUCCAAGACCUCCGCUCUCAGGAUAUAUACGGUUUUUAAAUGAUAGACGUGAUCAGUUUCGUGCUGAAAACCCAAGCCUACCUUUUGCAGAAAUAACAAAAAUGUUAGCAACUGAAUGGAACCAGCUACCAGUAGAUAAAAAACAACAAUAUCUAUUAGCUGCAGAACAAGAACGAGUAACAUACGUUGAAGAAUUAGCUGCUUAUAGGAAAACUGAUUCGUACAGAAAUUUUGUUCAGCGUAAAUUAAAAAAAAAGAAACCAAAUGUUUCUAUAGAACAGAUUCAAAAUAAGGAACCAGAAAAAGAGAAAGAAAAAGAAAAGUCAUCAAAUGAUACUAAUGAAGCUUAUGACAUACCAAUUUUUUCUGAAGAAUUCCUUAAUUUUAAUAAAGCUAGAGAGUGUGAACUUAGACAUCUUCGAAAAACUGUAACUGAUCAAGAACAAGAAGUUUCCGUCUUGGACAAACACAUUGAAAAUUUGAAUAAUGGUAUUACAAAGUUGGUAGCUAAUACUGAUCAACUCAAAACUGGAUGUGAAAAGUUAGAAGAACACUUAGAUAGCUUACGGUCUAAAUUUCUUGAAACGUUUUCUAUGAUAAAACUACCAGAUAGUAAAGAAGAACCACCUACUCUUCAAACUAUCGAUCAAUUUGUUUCAAAACUAGCAACACUUUUAAAGACCGGUGCUGAUUCUACUUUAGUAUCAAGUGUUAAGAAAGCAGUUUCAACUUUAGAUUUUUCUCAGUGUUAACAAACAGGUUGUAACUAGAAUUUAACGUAAGAAAUUGUCAUUUCUUUCUUUCUUUCGUUGUUUUUUUUUUU